AUGCGUGUGUGUCAAAUUAAUGAGCGAACAGGUGUUACGCCGCGGCAUCUGCGCUCCCUUGGUGUUAGUGGCGUUGCACGUCGUGAUAGUCAAGGGAGUCCGGUGAGACAUGGAAGCCUGACCAGCCAAAAUAGUUCGGCAAGUCAAAACUCGAGACAACUCUACGCUCACGUCGAUGGCAGCAAAACCAGUCUUCGGGAAGACCAGAGUAUGGCUCAUGUCGGGCCCUUUUAUGGCCCGGGUUUGCCAACAAGAUAUGUGGAGGUCUGGCAUCACUUUGAGCUUGCCGAUGACUUUAUCUCGGGGAUUUCGAUUCAUCAUUCCUAUCUCCUCUUGUUAGUUUGUUCUCCAUCCAUGGCUUCGAAUUCACUCCUGUCGCAUCCAGCCUACAGUACACAGAUUUCUUCUACAUCACUUGUAACAGCUGUAGUCUCACCGUUGGCGCCCAAUUGUCAGUCAGAAAUACCAAAGCCCUACAUGCUUGUAGUUGACAUUGGGAUUGAAAUCGGCAAAUCCCUCUUCGGCCCAGGUUCUCUGGCGCCUGGAAUGCUUCUCGAUGACUAUCAGGUAGUCAGUCGAGAAGAGAUUCUUCUUCGCAAGUCAGAUAGACAAAACUUUUUAUCCUACAAUUUGGGUGAGCCCACAUCUUUUAACUUUUUGAUAUCUUUAACUAUUCCUGAGGUUUAUAUAUGUAUAUAUAUUAUAUAUUAUAUAUAUAUAUAUAUAUACAUAUAUUGA